CGCUGUGCGGCUGGCUGUGGCUGUGUGGCGUCAGCAUCAGUCAAAGGCGUGCACGGUUCGACUUCGACAGUUGCUGUUUUAUGUUCUGUUGUGUGAUUCAUUUGCUGCUCUGUUCGCGCUAACUAGCACGAUGUGGCUAGCAUCCUUACUAGUCACCUUUUUAAGUGUUCCUGCUGUGUUUUGUGAGGACAAUACAGUCACAGAUAAAACUAUAGCGCGAGCACGGGUUGAGAGCUGUGGAGGAUGACGACUGAAUGCCUACCCUGCGGUGAAACGAUUCGUGUAUGACGAUAUACCAUUGUUUCACAACGCAGAGUUUAAGGUAAUAGGAGGUGCUGUACCAGAGCUAAUUUUCCUGAAUAAAGAUGGGGAGGAGGUUGAGAGAGUGAAUCUUGAGAACCGAAAGCGUGAAGAGUGCAACCAACUCCUGCUGGACAAGGGUUUCUACAAGAAGGCAAACAAAGAUGACCCUGUGCCGGACGAGUACAAGGAUGCUCCUCUUGGGAGAGCCAAGACAGAGCUCUAGUAGCACUUUGUGGAAUCCUACAUCAUGUCUACUUGCACAAAAAGCAUCCCUCAUAACAGAAGUCGUAGCGCUAUCAACAUCAUUUGUCUGAAUGAAGCUGCUGUUGCAAACCUGAAAACAACUGUGGCUGAAGAUACACUGUGAUUUUGAUAAUCUUGGGACUUCGUUGGAAGGCUGUCUCGUUGAAAUAAAUGUUUUAUUCAUUUCA